CAAUACGCCUGUUCGCCACCGUUCGGCCAUUUCCGCCAAUACGCCUGUUCGCCACCGUUCGGCCAUUUCCGCCAAUACGUCAGUUCGCCACCGUUCGGCCAUUUCCGCCAUCACUUCGGUUCAUCACCGAUGGGUCUUUUCCGCCGCAUUCGACUCUUCGCAUUGUUUACCACGCGUGUCGGCUUCUUCCGUCGCCGAGCUGGAUUCAGAGCUGAGCCAUCGUUGCGUUAUCGCAGGGUGCGUUACAUAACUGAAGUUGAUCGGAGUACCCUUCUUCUCAGAAGGGUUUUCCCGCAAUUCUUAUGCUGCAGAAACAGAUGUCCAUUACAUCGUGAGCGCUCAGGAAGCAUUGACAUUUGGUGCAAAAUGCAUUUCAUUGACUUUUUAGCUGGGUGGUUUGCAGGUGGACUUGCUACAGUUGUGGGAUAUCCUUUGGAUACAAUCAAGGUGAGAAUUCAGACACAACACAUGUACAGCGGAGUUUGGCACUGUAUUCGAUCAACUUAUCAGAGAGAAAAGGUUUACGGAUUUUAUAAAGGAAUGGCAUUGCCUGUUCUAUCAGUAGCUAUAUGCAGUUCAGUUUGUUUUGGCACAUAUAGAAAUUGUCUUCAUUUUUUGUGUCAGUUCCGGCAUGGUAGCUCUGCCCUGAAACCAUCUAGACUUGAUAUUUUUGUUGCAGGCUGCGCUGCAGGGACUGCUGAGGCCAUGGUGUUUGCUCCCAUUGACUUAAUCAAAAUAAGGCAGCAGAAUCAGACACAUCCUCGUCAGCCAUAUCAAGGUCCUUCAGCUUUGUUAACAAUGCCCAAAUACAGAGGCCCAAUCCACUGCCUGAUAACAAUAUUAAAAGAGGAAGGCGCCUUGGGGUUGUACAGAGGUAUUACUGCACUGUGGUUAAGAGACAUUCCAUGUUUUGGAUUAUAUUUUGUGGCCUACUCUGCUUUCAGUGAACAACUUACUCAACAAGGACAACAUAAACCAGGUUGGCUGGGGAAGAUGGUGGCUGGUGGAUGCGCAGGCACGACUUACUGGAUAUUGGCAACUCCAAUGGAUGUUGUGAAAUCUCGAAUGCAGAUGGAUGGCAUGGGGCAGCAGAAAUAUAACGGUGUACUGAAUUGUAUGACUGAAAGUUUCAGACAAGAAGGGAUAAGAGUUUUCUUCAAAGGUUUGACCUUGAACUGUGUCCGUGCGUUUCCUGUCAAUGGAAUGACUUUUGCAAUAUAUGAAACUGUGCUGGUAUUCCUCAAAAAGGUAAAUUUAAAGGAUUAGUGCAUUCCAAAAACAUCUGAAAGCAAUGUUUCUUUAUCUAUAUGUUGAACUUGCAUGAGGCUUCAUGAACUUGAGUGAAUAUUUUUAAACAUAGACAGCUGAAUGUGGACUAGCCAGUAGCUAAUAAAAUAAUAAAUCUCAGUCACAUUUUGAUUUUCCUUUUUAAAACUGCUUAAUAAAUUUCGAGACUUCCAGCAAUCUUUUUUUCACACAACUUUUAUUUGUAUAAUCUGUUCUGGAGUUAAAGGUUUCCAAGGGAAAAAUACUCAUUAUCAUUUAGCUAAUGCUCAAGACAGUGAUUUUAAGUAGUUUCCUAAAACUCUUAAUGUCAUGAUUGAAUUAUUUCUGCUUUCCUUUCCUCAUUAAUUUGUGGAUCUUUGCUGCCAUAAUGUACUGUACUCCUAAUGUCUUUGAACCAUGUGAAUAAUCAGAAAUGUUUUAAUGUUUAAAGCUAAAGAGAAACUUGUUGGUAAAGCUUAAAUUACUUGAAACUUAAACAUAUUUUUCCAACUUACUUUCUUACGUAAAUCUUGACUUUACAAAAUAUUAAUGCUCUGACUUUUGAAUGAGAAGAGUGAAUCUUUAAACUUCACUCCAGCAUUUGAGUACUUAGUCGCAUCUGUUUGGUAUUGUAGUCAGGGAUUGCUGUGUUCUCAGAGGUCCCAUGUUUUGAUUGAGAUGGUAGGGCAAAAUCCAAAUUGCUUGAUCACAUGGAUCCUACUGCACCAGUGUCUGCAGUGAGUACUACCUCCAAAAUGUGCAUCAGUUGCUCACCUAGGCAAUUCCUGCAGGAACUCCUAAAUUCAUAAUUUCUAUCUCCAAGGACACGGCAAUAGGGCCAUGGAAACACCACUGUCUGCAGGUUCCUCUCCAAGUUGCACAUCAUGGAACAUAGAACUGUGCAGCUCUGGCCCAUGAUGUCUGUGCUGACCUUGCUGCCAUUUAAACUGCACAUCUGCCUGUCCGUAGUCUAUCUCCGUCAACUCCCUGCCUGUUCAUGUGUCUGUCAAAAUGCCUCUUAAACAUUGCUAUUGUAUCUGCUUCUACCACUUCCCCCACAUUGCGUUCCUAGCAACUAUCACUCUCUGUGCAAAAAAAACCCUAAAUCUCCUUUAAACUUUCCUCCUCUCACCUUAAAGCUAAUGACCUCUAGUAUGUGAUAUUUCCACACUGGGAAAAAGAUUGACUACCUACUCUGUCUAUGCCUCUCAUAAUUCUAUAUAAUUCUACCAGGUCACCCCCUAGCCUCUGACGCUCCAGAGAAAAUAAUAUAAGCUUGUCCAACCUCUCCUUUUAACUAAUACUCUAAUCCAGGCAACAUCCUGGUGAACCUCUUGUGCACCCUUUCCAAAGUCUCCACAUCCUUCCUGUAAUGUGGGAACCAGAACUACAGACAAUGCUCUAAUUGUGGCCUAACCACAGUUUUAUACAGCUGCAAUAUGACUUCCUGACGUUUAUACAACACCCUGAUGAACGUGAGUAUGCCAUACACCACCUUUUCCACCCUUUCUACUGCUGCCACCUCACACUUGUCCAGAUUAAAUUCCACCAACCAUUUCUCUGCCCUCAUUUCCAUCUGGUCUAUAGCUUGCUGAACUCUUUCAUAAGCUUCUUCACAAUCCAUGACUCUGCUAAUUUUUGCGUCAUCUGCAAACUUACUAAUCAGCCUACUUACAUUUAGGUCCAAAUCAUAUAUAUCACAAAAAACAUAAGUUCCAACACUGAUCUUUGCAGAACACCACAAGUCACAGCUCUCCAGUCAGAAUAACAGCACUCCACUACUACCUUCAGCCUUCUAUGGCCAAGCUAAUUUUGAAUCCAAUCUACCAAAUCUCCAUGGAUUCCUUGUGCCUUAAUCUUCUAGAUCAGUCUACCCUGAGGGACGUUGCUGAAAGCUUUACUAAAGUCUAUGUAUACAACAUCCACUGCCCUGCCCUCAACAAACAUUUUCGUCACCUCCUCAGAAAACUCAUUCGGGUUUGUAAGGCAUGUCCUCUUCCUCACAAAGCUAUGCUGACUAUCCCUAAUAAGUCUAUGUCCAGAUGCAAGUAGAUCCUAUCCCUAAGAACCUUCUCCAAUACAUUGCCUACCACUGUUGACUGAUGUGCUGUUCCAGGAUUUAUACUCACCCUGAGUCUAAAUCCUGGAACUUCCAGCCAGCAGUAAUGUGGAAAUAUGUUCACCAGAAGGAUGGCAGUGAUUCAGUAAGUCGACUUUCCACAUUCUUCCCAAUUAGGGAUGGGCAACAAAUGCUGGUCUUGUCAGUGACUCCCAAAUGCUGAAAAAAUGAAUAUAUUUUUUAGCAUUUGCCUUUGAACACCUUGAAUGUACAAGAUUUUAAGAUUAAGAGAAACAAUGCACAAUAUAAACAUUCAUUUGUUUUUGUCUUGUGCCAUGAAUGAUAAGGCUACAGAAAGUGAACUACAGGGAAAAAUUAUAUUUCGGCAAUAAUUGUAUAUUUUUCUGUUCCAGAUUUUUACAUUGUAAAUUUUUAUGUUACACUGAUUGCAUAUUGGUGCUGAAUGCGUAUUGAUGGUUAUGUAAAUUGUAAUUUCAUGUAAAAAUAAGUUAUUAUUUUUUCAUGUUAUAACCUAAAUAUUACCAUUUUUAUAUUGAUUUAAGACUGUUUGGCAGUAGAUUGAGCUUCUCAAUAAGAACCAAAAAAAAGAUCCUACUCAUUUGCACUAUUACUCUUGUUCUGCACUUCAGCUCCUCUGUACAAUGAAUUAAAUUUAAAU